AGCCACAGGUACAACGACGAACGCGGCUGUAUUAUUAUUAUUUUAUCUCCCCUCUCCGUGGGCAUGUGAAUUUAUCCGGAAAUUGCAGUCGCACACGUUCAGAGUGUUCCCGCAAAACCAACUGCAUUAAAUCCAGUUCCCAGGAUUCCGUAGAUACCACCAAAUCAGCUGCAAUAUGGACCAAAUGCUCAGCCCCAACUUCUCGAUUCCGAGCAUCGGAACGCCGCUGCAUCAAAUGGAGGCGGACCAGCAGAUUGUUGCCAAUCCGGUGUACCAUCCACCGGCGGUCCCGCAGCCGGAUCCAGUGAUGCCGGCCCCCGUUUCCAACUCCGUGCAACAACAACAACAACAGCAGUCCGAUGCCGGGGGAUCCGGUCUCUUUGGCCACGAACCAUCUCUUCCCCUGGCCCACAAGCAAAUGCAGAGCUACCAGCCAUCAGUAUCCUAUCAGCAGCAGCAGCUCCAGAGCCAGGCGCCCGGGGGAGGAGGAAGCACCCCGCAGUCCAUGAUGCAGCCCCAGACGCCGCAGAGCAUGAUGUCCCAAAUGAUGCCCAUGAGCGAACGCAGUGUGGGCGGAUCGGGGGCAGGAGCCGGCGGAGAUGCCCUUAGCAACAUCCACCAGACGAUGGGCCCCUCCACACCGAUGACACCAGCCACACCCGGAUCCGCAGAUCCCGGCAUUGUGCCUCAACUGCAGAAUAUCGUGUCCACUGUUAAUCUGUGCUGCAAACUGGAUCUCAAGAAGAUAGCGCUGCACGCCAGAAAUGCAGAGUAUAAUCCCAAACGUUUUGCCGCCGUGAUUAUGCGCAUCCGUGAGCCCAGAACUACUGCCCUGAUCUUCAGUUCCGGCAAGAUGGUAUGCACGGGCGCAAAGAGCGAGGACGAUUCCAGACUGGCAGCGAGAAAGUACGCGCGCAUUAUUCAGAAGCUGGGUUUCACUGCGAAGUUCCUCGACUUUAAGAUUCAAAAUAUGGUCGGCUCCUGCGAUGUCAAGUUUCCCAUCCGUUUGGAAGGCUUGGUGCUGACCCAUUGCAACUUCAGCAGCUACGAACCGGAGUUGUUUCCCGGCCUCAUUUAUCGUAUGGUGAGACCCCGCAUCGUGCUCCUCAUCUUCGUGUCCGGAAAAGUAGUGCUCACCGGCGCAAAAGUGCGCCAGGAGAUUUACGACGCCUUCGACAAGAUAUUCCCCAUAUUGAAAAAGUUCAAGAAGCAGUCAUAAAUAGGAUAGUGCUUUAUUAGUUCUGUACGUGUACGUUUUAAGUUCGGUAGUCCCGGAAGUCUGAAUGUGAGUGGGAGCAGCCUGGCGAGCAGCUUCGUUCAAGAAUAAACAAAGAAUUAGUUAGCUGUA